AUGCGUGAAUUCAACAGCGAACUACCAACAGUGUUGUAUACAAAGGGGUAUGAUGUGGUUGCUGUCACUUUGGAGGUUGGUGACUAUGUGCUGUCACCAGGAAUCGCUGUUGAACGAAAAGCGCUUGACGAUUUGACCCAGUCUUUGCAAUCCGGACGUGUUUUCAAACAAUCUGAACAGAUGCUGCGGCAUUACGCGAAUUCUGUGCUCUUAGUAGAAUCUAAUCGUAAAUUUGAGUCGAAAAUUGUCAAUGGUGGCCCAUUUCAGCUGAACCGCCCGGAACCAGAUGCUGAGCAGGCUAUGUCGUUCAAAGGAGAUGAAAUCACAAAGCCGAUUGAAGAGGAGCAAACUGGAAGCCCGGAUAAGCGUCGAAAGCCGAAUGCGAUCCUGCUUCGUCACAUGUCCCAACAUUUGCCUGGAAUGGCAAGAGGAGAUGUACAGUCGAUGAUGCUCAGUCAAAAGGUGCGAAGUCUACGCGAUCUGUUCACGAUGCCCAUUGAACAGCUCCAUACCGCUGUGGGAUCUCAUGCCGAUAAGCUGCACGUGUUCGCUAACUUUGACUUCAGUGCAUCCGACUGA